CGCCCGUGUGUCAGUGUCAGCUGUGCUGAUGUGAGAAUUUACGUCAGCGUACGUCGCCAAAACUCUAAAUUGCGUUUCUUUUCAUCGUAUUUUGUUUUUGUUUUCAUUUGUAAAUACACAACACUGCACCUUCAGCAUGAGGUUUGUUUUCAAACCAAUAUUUUUCAUUCUUCACGGAGCCGCAACAGCCUUAUCCGAACAAAGUGACGUCUCAGCCUGCAUAAUUCAUUCCGGAAAUUAGAGAUAAAGAGAUCGGAAGAUCAUGUCUUUAUCCAGCGAUUCCUUCAGAAACUUCUUCACUGAAGAUCCAAUGGAUUCCUAUGAGGGUUUCGGAGCGCCGCCUGAAGAAAAAUGCGGUUCCAGAAACAACCACACCAGAAUCUUCACUUCUGUGUACGAAGGAAUUCCAGAAAACGUUGCCAUCAAUUUCACGUGCUGGCUGCUGUUGCUGUUUAUUUUCGCAAUGCUGAGGAAAAGGGCCUGGAACUAUGGGAGAAUAGCAGUGGUGCAGCGAGAUGAGCGAUGGACCCAAUUUUUCUACGCCAAAGAAGCGCUCUCCAGCAGCCUGAGUGCGGACGCCGGUUCUGUCGCUUCCAUUGAUUCCACACUAUUCGUCGAGAAGGGCUUCGGCAGUUGGCUCUUUGCCGUCUUCAGGAUAAAGGACCAAGACAUACUGCGAAAAAGCGGCCAUGACGCGGUGCAGUACCUGUCCUUCCAGCGACACGUCAUUGUUUACAUGACCAUCGUGACCAUUAUCUCGUUGGCCAUCGUGCUGCCCAUCAACUUCCAGGGUAACCUGCAGGGUGAUGAGAAGACCUUUGGCCACACUACAGUUAGCAAUUUAGACCCACAUUCAAAAUGGUUGUGGGUGCACGUAGUUCUGGCCCUGCUGUACCUUCCGCUCGGCAUAUUCAUCAUGAGGAAGUUCUCCACUUCCAUGCACCUGGAGGAGGAUUCCAGCGUUUCUCGCACCCUGAUGAUUACAAACAUUCCCAGACAGUUUUGCGAUAAGAACGACUUGAAAAUUCAUUUUGAAGAGGCCUAUCAAAUUUCUGCAACUGAAAUAAAUCUGGGCUAUGAUAUCGCCAAAGUCACUGAGCUAACGAAAGAUAGGGAAACGGCGUUUGAGGCCAAAAUUUACUGUGAAAAACACAACGAAAACGGAGGGAGCAGGCUUAAAAUGCGUCCGCAUGUGUGUGGAAUUAUGUGCUGCUGCUGCAAAAGUCAGGUUGACGCGUUGGAGUAUUACACGGCGGAGGAGGAACGCCUACGCAACGCCCUCGCAGACGAGCAACAGAAAGCGCUGAAAAAGCCGCUUGGAGUUGCGUUUGUCACACUGGCGUCUGUGGAGGAGGCGCGUCUGAUCUAUGAAGACCACGCUGCCUCGUGCAAAUGCGGCUCCAACCCAUCCCCCUCCUCCAAGACGCGCAGCCUGGAGCCGCACUUGUGGAAUGUCGACUUUGCUCCACGUCCUCAUGACAUCUACUGGGAGAACCUAGCCGUUUCGUCCAAAUUUUGGUACAUCAAGGCCACCAUCAUCCACCUGGUGCUCUUCAUUGUCCUCUUCUUUCUCACUACGCCUGCCAUUGUGGUCAACUUGCUUGAUUCCCUGAAAUUUUCUGAUGAGCUUCAGAAGAUGAGUCCACUCCUUUCGGAAUUCUUGCCAACGCUGCUGCUGUGGACAGUGGCCGCUCUAAUGCCAGUCUUGGUAUCCUACUCAGACCAGUGGCUGUCGCACUGGACCAGAUCUAAGCAAAACCAUUCCAUAAUGAGAAAAACAUUCCUCUUCCUGCUCUUCAUGGUUAUUAUCCUGCCCUCGCUUGGCCUGACUAGCGCGCAGGCCUUUGUUGAGUGGGCUAUUCACCAGAAGAACGAAACCUACAGGUGGGAAUGUCUGUUCUUGCCGGAUAAGGGCGCCUUUUUCGUCAGCUACGCAACCACUUCAGCUUUCGUGGGCACCGCACUCGAACUUAUUAGGUUCCCAGAGCUAUUCAUGUAUGCUGUCAAGAUCUGUCUUGCCAAAUCAGCAGCAGAGACAAUGAGCGUGCGUAAGGCCAUUCUGUGGGAGUUUCCGUUUGGCGUGCAGUACGCGUGGAUGCUGUUGAUCUUCGCCAUGACCAUCAUGUACAGCCUGUCUUGCCCCCUAAUCACUCCUUUCGGUUGGCUGUAUCUGAUACUCAAGCAUCUGGUUGACCGUUACAACAUCUACUUCGCUUAUGGCCCGUCAAAAAUCUCCCAAAGCAUUCACGAGACGGCCAUCAUCUGCGUGAUCGCAUCGAUCGUGUUGCUGCAGCUGAGUUUCAUGUGUAUCUCGCUGCUGCGACUCGGUCUGCAGGGCAUCACCAUGUUCUCGCUGGCCGGACUGGUGCUGACCAUGCUCUUCAUGCUCUCACACAUCUUCCUCAACUGUUGCAAGGGCUUCAGUCCCAUCACGUACACGAGGAGACCACGGCGAAGGCAAAACCAGGAGCUGGCAAAUUCUCAGCCAACCACUCCUUCGAGGCAGUUUGUUCCGCCGGUGAUGCAGGAGCAUGCCCUGAGUUCCACCUCUUCCAGGAACACGCCCACCCACGGCCGCAGCAAUAACUCGGCGGAACUUGAGACUACCUCGUCCCUUGACAGGGACUCGGAGGAGACGCUGAGCAUUUGCCAAAAUGCAGAGAGCACGUAUGGCACAUACGAACCGGUCUAGUCAAAAUCGUAUCUAACCGCGCCUGUCCGUCACCCAAUUAACAACAUAAUAAUUUAUUAUCUUCUCAUCCAUUAAAUUCGCAGCUUCUUUUUAUUAAAUUCUGUAAUUUAAUACUUAAUAAUGUGUGAUUUGUUCGAACAAAUGAUGGGGUGUAUCUCUUUUUGGGUAGAAAUCUCUUUUGUUAUCGCCAGAUAAGUGCACAUAUUGUUUGAUCCUUAGAAUGGUACAACCGAUUGUAUAGUGAUAAAUUUGUUUAAAAGUUACCUCGUGGUUAAUAUGAAAUAUUCAUUACGCUACCUGGGAAUAGUCUCUCAACUAGAUGUAGCUUGCUAUACUAAUACACAAUUAAACGACAACUCUCUGUCUAUAUUUGAAACGUUGAGGCUAAUUAAAUGUGAUGCAAAACAAAAUUUUAAAAAUAAAAUCUUCAGGAUUGCAAAUUCCA